UCAGUGCUGGCGCCGGCGUUAUUGAAUUGCUCGAAAUUUCUGCGAUUUUACGAAAUCAUUCAGCUGCCUUUUGAAUUACAAAUAAAAUGGCUCUGGAACAGCUUAAAAGCGAUGUAGCCGAGUUUGCGGCCUUUUUGGCACAGGCGAAAAGUGCCCGCGUAAAAGGCGUGCUGACUACGGCAAAAGCGGAGGCGGAACGGGAGAUCGUCAACCUGGAGGUGAAGGCAAAAAUUGCGGCGGAACGGGAGGCUGCCGGAUCCAGCGAAUCCAAGAGAUAUCUGCACGAGCUGACCGACUACGGCUGGGACCAGAGUGCCAAGUACGUGAAGCUAUUCAUAACCGUAAACGGCGUGCAAGGAUGUUCGGAGGACGACGUUACAGUCAACUACACACCGACUUCACUGAAGUUGCAUGUGCGCGAUGUCCAAGGCAAGGACUAUGGUCUCAGUGUGAACAAUCUGCUGCACCUUAUUGAUGUGGAUAAGAGCUACCGAAAGAUCAAGACGGACAUGGUGGCCAUAUAUCUUAAGAAAGCCACGGAGGGCGAGAACUGGGAUGUGCUGACCGCCAUUCAAAAGCGACUGAAACAGAAGCAGGACACCGAAUUGGCCAAGGAUAACGAUAAUCCCGAAUCAAUGCUGGUAAAUAUCAUGAAGAAGAUGUACAAUGAAGGUGAUUCGAAGACGAAGCAAAUGAUUGCCAAGGCCUGGACCGGAAGUCAGGAAAAGGCCAGGCUUGGCGCUGAAGCGGGCGAUGGGAUGGAUUCCUUCGGCGAUCUCUAGAUAUUAAAUUAAUCCAACCGACUAAAUGUAUUGCUAAAUACCUAAGCAUUGCUUUGAUUCCAGCACACUUUGUAUAUGUGGAUAAAUAAAACCCCUACGAGGGCAUUAAGUUAAAACGAA